AUGUUCUCUUUCGGCAGCAAGAAGACCGACCGCCGGCGGGAGAUGACGGCGGCAUCGGUCCGGCGGAGUAAGAUCGAUCAGCGUAACGCCAGUAAAAAGGUCGAAUACGAGGUUCCAUGGGCAUCGUCUUCGUGGGGCAAAACGCCGGCGCUGGUGCACUCUAUUGAUCUGUCGCCUGGGGCUUGCUCGGACCAGACGAGCUUUCGCAUCGGCGGCAGUGUCGAGGGCGAGGUUGAUCUUCUCUGUCGCAGUCUCGGUCUCUCCGGCCCUGAAGACUUCGCUAUCCCCGCCGCCGCGUGGGAGGCCUCCCUUAAGGCUCGAUCCUCUUGCGAUCUCGUCCUUCGAUUCCCAUUUGUCAAAUCCGAGAGCUCGCAUCAGCCGAGUGAAAUUUUGCUUCCUGCCGCUUUGGAUCGCUUGUUCGAGACCAAGGCGGAGAUCUCGCGCUCGUCGGCGUGUGGAAUAGGCGCUGGAGAUGUACGGAUCAAAGGCGUCAGGCCGCCGGUCCUUGCCACUUCUCAGGGUACUGUCUCUAUUCUUCCUCCUCCGCCCGGUCGGUCAGUCCUUGAUCGGCCGCCUUUCAUGAAGUUGCCAGUGCUCGAUGGAACGAGCUCAACGUGGGAUCUAGUGAGAUCGUUUGCUCCACCGGAUGAGAUUGAUGAAGGAUAUAUGAGAAAGUCUUUUGACUCGGAUGAGGAGGAGGUAAGGGUUGCUGUUGAAGUUAGGGAAGUUGUGGAAGAGAUGAGAGCGAUUGCCGGGGAGACCUCGGAGGAUUGUACUGGUUCGUUUUCGACUUCAAAUGAUGAUGAUUCUUCGAGCACCACAACAGAGUCGAUGUUUUUGAUAUCGCCGAAGGGACGGAUUAAGAGAAUUGUUGGGUCGUGGAUGCGCGGGCAGCUUCUAGGGAGCGGUUCCUUUGGGACAGUGUACGAAGGGAUUAGCGAGUAA